CCUCUCUCCUUCCCUCUCCCUCUCGCGCUCUGCCGUUCUCUCUUCCUCCUCCGCCGCCGCCCCCCCCUCUCUCUCUCUCGCCCAUUCCCGGUCCUUUGUCAGGACAUACACGCGUGCUCCUACACGCGUUCCAUCUUUCAUUAUUGCGACAUGGCGGAGCAGGGUCCCGCACCUUCCAAAGCCCCCCAUCCUCUUCUGUCUGCGCGUGACCUGGCUGAUGUCAUGUAUGUUACCAGAUUCCAGUGACCUUCCCCACGCCAGCCGAAGCAAGAGCCUCUCAUUCGUCUCCUCCGCCCUUCUGUCUCUCCCUCCCACCCUCUCUCUCUCUCUCUCGCCCGCUUUGGACUUUGGCUUGUGCGCAGUGCUGAUGGCUCGGAGUUGUGGUACCCGCCGGUGCGUGACAUUGGCGGGACCAUCCUCCUUGAAUUUGACAGCAUCGAAGAGAUCGAGCAGUCUCUCCAACCUGGCUCGACGGUCUUCCUCCGGGGGCCUGUCCGAGGCGGCAUCGCCGUGGGGGCUGGCCCGUCGGAGGCUACUCCUCCGGGAUUGGGUCUCCUUGAGGAGGACUUGAGCAUGCACGAACGGCAGGCCCAACUGGAGGAGCGCCUCAUCACACAUGAGCAUGCCGACGGUCUUGAUGAAUUUGGUCCGCACGUGGAGGCCGGCGAUGAGGACCCCCAGCAUGGCGCCCCGGCCGACGCCGAUGAGGAUCUGGUUCUUUGCACCGAUAACAUCAGCUUUCAAGUCCGCCGGGCCAUCACCUCCAACUCCCUGCUCCUGGUUACUCCGACUCCCGAGGCCAAGGCCUCGCCCGGUGGCGGUGCCACGCCCGCCACGCCCGCCACCAUUCCCGGUGCCACCGACACGGAGCACAGCUCCGCCGGGCGGCGUCUGCUAAUCCAGUCGACAUUGGGAGCGGUUCACGAGUGCCGGCGGCUGCCCGAAGGUACCCGCUCGCGCGUCGCCUGCCGGCUCAUCCAGCGGGCAUUGGCCCCGCGCCCGUCACCCGAAGCCGGACCCUUCCGCGGCCGGGACACCCCCUUCACGCACCUGUCCUUUGGGCAGCUCCUGAGCUCGGUGGCCCUGUGCAGCCAGGGCGAGCUGGCCCUGGGGCUGGCCCUGGCCGGUGUCCUGGCCCUCCCACCGGGCGAAUGGCAAACCGCCGCCACCGUUCAUCCUCCGGCUGCGGUUGACACCCUGGCCGACGUGCGCUUUUGCCUGCUAGACCGAGCCUACCUGGUUCGCUGUUUGGUUGCCAUCUUGGAGACUCUUCCCUUUCAUGAGGCUCUCCGACAGCGCUCCGCGACCGGGGAGAUCCUGGCCCCUUCGGCUGAAAUGCUGGUGUCUUGUGACCCCGGGCGCUUCGCCGCCUUCCCGGACUUUGCCCUGCGCCAUGUGCUUCAGCUGCUGUCGGAGCCAUGUGGCGGGGCCGCGAUCGCACAGGCACCAAAGCCCGGGGUCCGGGUCGAGUCCUUCGCCGAUCUCGACCUCUGGGGGGAUUCGCCCCUCACGGAUCCGGUGGCCAGCGCAUCGGACCAAGCCCCGGCACUCCGGGCAUACUGGCUUGCGAUCAUCCGGCAUGCCGGACUCUCGGAUGCUCUGCUGGCACCGCUCGGCCUGGUGACCGGCGCCCCCCCGGCCUCUGGCCAGCGGUGCCUCUCGCGCCGGCGGAUAUGCCGACUGCUGGGGGAGCACAUUUUCCUGUGUGUCGAGCCGAUGCUGGCUCCAGCAGGCCCCGGGGCCACGAAGCGCCCGCGCAAUCCCGCCGCCGGUUUGCGUGUCAUUCGCAGCGACCACUUCCUUCGCCACUGGACGCGUCUGUGUGGAGCCCUCUUCCGACCGGUUGCCACGGAUUUGGAUGGCAUUGCCAUUGUUGAGCCCGCGCAUGGAACCCCGGCGGCUGGGGCUUCUGCCGGGGCCCCCGGCGCGCGGUCAGCCGCACCAGGCCCUGAUAUGCCCACCCUGGAAGCUGUGUACUCGGCCUUUUUGGCUGGAUCGGCCGGCCCGCCGACUGAGGGGGCUCUCAGUCCGGCGUCCUUCCGGCUUCGCUAUUUGCCGGCCCGUCGUCUGCCACUCAGCAACAUGCCUCUGCGCAUGCUGAUGCUCUUUGAUGCGCGGCCCCGUUGGCGCGAGGCCGAGAUGGAUGUUUUCCUUCGGGCCACUGGCAACCGUGCAGCCAAGGCGUCAGUGUUGGCACGCAACGCCCGGACCUCGCGCGAUGCCCGUGGCGGCGUCCUGUACACCAGCCGCUUCUGAAAUAUCCCGAGCAUUGCGGUUCGCCACCAGGCGGUGGCCAGCAGCCUAAUAGAGACGA